GCGGCGUCUGUGCAGGCAAGCCUGGCCACUGUUGGCCAGUGGCGGGUGCAAACAGGGCACGGAGAUAGGUGGUGGACAGGCCCAGCCCCAGGGCUCUGACUCAACACCCCUCACCAUCACCACAUCUCUGGAUGCCCUCCCCACCAGCCAUGCUGCUGGGUGGCCUCCUUCUCAUUGUGGCCUCUACAACCGUGGCCCAGCGGAGGGGGCAGGAGGCCACCGGGCGCCGCCGGGCCCACCGAGUCCAGCACGGCCAAUGCAGCUACACCUUCGUGCUGCCAGAGCCUGAGCCCUGCCCACCCGAGCCUGAGGCCUUCGGGGCCUCUAACAGUCUCCAGAGGGACUCCCCGGCGGCCGCACUGAACCUAGGAGACUGGCCGAGCCAGCGGAUGCGACAGCUGGAAAAAAUGCUGGAGAACAACACGCAGUGGCUGCAGAAGCUGGAAAGGUACAUCCAGAUGAACCUGAGGCUGGAGCUGGCACAGGCCCAGCAGCACAUGGUCCAGAACCAGACAGCCACCAUGCUGGAGCUGGGCACCAGUCUCCUGACCCAGACCACCGCCCAGACCCGCAAGCUGACCGACGUGGAGGCUCAGGUCCUGAACCAGACAUCCCGAAUGGAGAUCCAGCUGCUGGAGACAUCACUGUCCACCAACAAGCUGGAGAAGCAGCUGCUGCUGCAGGGCCAUGAGCUCCACCGGCUGCAGGGCCACAACAGCGCGCUGGAAACGCGGGUGCAAGCCCUGGAGACGCAGCAGCAGGCGGAGAUGGCCAGCCUCCGCGGCGAGAAGGAGCGGCUGCGGCGCCUGCUGGGCCGCCAGAGCGGCGCCCUCGCCGGCCUCGAGCGCACCCUUCGCGCCGCUAGCAGCAACUCCAGCCUCCUGCAGCGCCAGCAGCACCAGCUGCUCCAGUCGGUGCAGCGCCUGGUGCGCGUCAUGGCCCAGGGCCCGGCCUCCAUGAGGGCAGCUGAACAGGUGUUCCAGGACUGUGCAGAGAUCCAGCGCUUUGGGGCCAAUGCCAGUGGCAUCUACACCAUCCAUGUGGCCAAUGUGACGGAGCCCAGAAAGGUGUUCUGUGACAUGGAGGCCAGCGGAGGUGGGUGGACCCUCAUUCAGCGCCGUGAGAAUGGCAGUGUGAAUUUCCAACGGAACUGGAAGGAUUACAAACAGGGCUUUGGCAACCCAGCCGGAGAGCACUGGUUAGGCAAUGAAGUGGUGCACCAGCUCACCAGCAGGGCAACCUACUCUCUGCGAGUGGAGCUGCAAGAUUGGGAAGGCAACGAGGCCUACGCCCAGUAUGAGCACUUCCAGCUGGGCAGCGAGGGGCAGCUGUACAGGCUUUCUCUGAGUGGGUACAGUGGCUCAGCAGGGCGCCAGAGCAGCCUGGUCCUCCAGGGCACCAACUUCAGCACACGUGAUGCAGACAAUGACAACUGCCUCUGCAAGUGCGCCCAGAUGCUGUCCGGAGGGUGGUGGUUUGAUGCCUGUGGCCUCUCAAACCUCAACGGCAUCUACUACCCGGCCCGUCACCACGUGCGCAAGCUCAACGGCAUCCGCUGGCACUACUUCCAAGGCCCCAGCUACUCGCUACGCGCCACUCGCAUGAUGAUGCGCCCCUCGGGCAUCUAAGGGACAGCAUGCCUGGAGGCUGGUCCCAUGGGAGGACUUGGCCGUGGUAUCCCCUGGACAAGCUGGACUCGAACACAGGACACAAUGCCAGGACCUUGUCCCGGACAGCCUGGGGGUCCCCUGAGCCAGCCCUCCUUGCCCCAGGAGUCCAGAAGAGUCGCCUCCGGCCCUUUUCCCCUCAAGUUGUGAAAUGGUGGACGUUUGGGGGUUCCUGCCUCUUCGGUGUCCCUUUUCCCUCUCCCCUCCUGCCUCCUGCAGGGCCCUCCUGCCCACCUGAGGGUUGCAGUAUCCUGAAUGAGUGGAGAGCAGAUUUAACUGGGCUCUGCAAAGGAAUAUGCAGCUAGUGGUGGAAUUUCAGGCAAGUGGGAAGGUAUUUACAGGAGGAAACCGCCCAGGUGGAGGCCCAGAUGCUGUCCCCAGGUUGUUGGAAAGGCCAUCUCUUGUUCUAAGCUUUCUCACGUCCUUGAACAUCCUUGAACUUUCUGUUCAAGACUGAAGGAGCUGUGUCCCCCUAUAAUGGGAAUCGCCAUUUGCACCCACACUGUCCAUCACUCCUAGGCCCCAGCAUCUAAAGCUCAGACAUGGUUUCUCAGGGGCUCCAGGAGAUCUAAGAGGUACUCCUUUACCCCUAGAAUGUUCUAGAAUAUGUUCCAGAGAGAAUAAAGGUACCUGUGGUCUAAUGAGGGAGGGAAACACCAGGUUAAAUCAAUGUAGACAGGCCUUGUCAGAGCCAUCAGUGUGGUCAUGUGCUUUGUGACUGGCCACGAAAGGGCUAGAGUGGGCCACUUUCCCCAAAUUCACUUAUUUGAAAAUGGGGCCUGAUUAUCUCAGAGCAUCUCCCAGGGCUGUGGAUGCUCUUGGAGAAAAUUGGUUCUCCUGAGUCAUGAUUUAAACCCCAGGCCCCAUCCCCACCCCCAGCUGUUUUCACCAUUUUCAGCAAUGAGGGCCACCAUGACAUUUUCAGACAGCUUCUAAAAACAAUUGGAAGGAGGCUUUGGGUUGAAACAGACAUGCUGUCACUGAAGAAGUGCCUAGAACUAAGUCUUUGGUCUUAGAACUGAGCACUCCAACACUUCUCCGACCCUAGGGAGCCAGUUUUCUGGCUGGGGCUGCCCUCCACCCUUCUUGUGUCCCCAACUCACACCAGCUCUCAAGUUUAGGGACUCUUGGGGACUGCCCACUCUGUCUUGAGCAGGACACCAAUCGCUGGGUCCAGAUCCUUCCUGCCUCCAAACCAGAACUCCUUGUCUCCCCCUCCCUCAUCCAAGAGCGAUGCUGCAGUUAUCCAUGGAGAUGGCUUUGCUGAGUCUGGGCAACCAGGGGCUCAUGAGCUUCUUUCAGGGGACAGGAGCAGAGAGGGGCCACGGCCACUCUGCCACCCACUCCCAUUACUGUGCCACCGGCGUCAAUCCUGAUGAGGCCACUGAAGCCCUGUUGUCCUCAGCCAACACCUGGGCCCAUUCAGGACCGACCUGCCCUCCCGCUCGGACACCCCUCUAUCUUCAGAAGGUUUUCUCCUGCAUGAGGCUGUGCGAUGGAAACAGGGCACCUUCGUCCCGCCUGGCUCUGCCCCACCUCCUCAGUCCCACCUCUGCCAAUCCCCUGAGUCAGUCCAGCACAGAUUAGUGCUGAUCUCCUUCUGGGAAACCAAAGGGUGUGGUUGCUAAUGGUGACAUUUCAGGCAGGAGGGAAAAGUACCUAGGGGCAGGUUGCUGCCCAGAAGGCUGACACCACCUUAUCCAGCAUUUGCUAGGCGAGCCUUUAUUUAGCAUCUACUGUAUGCAGCGUGGUGCCGUGGGCAGAACUUUGGAGUCAGACAGACCUGCAGCUCUGAACUUGAAACCAGUGGUCCGGCCUCUCAAGGUCUCGAUCGUCUGGUCUGUGAGAUGGAGAUGGUCUCUGCCGGGGCAGGAGGAAAUGAGACCGUGUCUUUCAGCCUCUUAGCAGAGCCCAGCAGGAAGCAGGUGCCUAAUAAUGUUAGUUCCCAAAGAAGUGAAUGGGGUGGAGAAACCAGCCCUAGUAGUACAUGCCACCCCUUCUCCUGGACCUAGGGAAGGUAAGUGCUUUAUUUUUGUAGCUACAGCAUUUUCUUUUUUUUUUUUCACUGCAAGUGUAUAGGCACUGCUGGG